AGAGGAACCAGCUGAGCAGCACAGGACCACACACAGUCUCACUGAGUCAGUAGACAUGGAGGAUGGGAAGCCUGAUCUGCUGCUGGUCAAAGAGGAGACAAUAGAGGAUGGACCAGAGAGCAUUGACCUGCUGAGUGGACUAAAGAUGUGGGAGCAAGGUGAUUGGCUGGAGGCUAACAGUGGAGACUGGGUGACCAUCUUGGAUUCUCAGACCCAGACGGAUACAGCCAAGGGCCCAGGGAAUGACAUCAACAAGCUGGUCUGGACCAGAGGCGACAUAGUGGCGGCCAGUGGAUUGGACAGCGUCCUCAACUCUGGGCUAGGGAACAACAGUGUUCAACACAACCAGAAACCGACAGUUGAACACAAAACAUCCGAACUUAGUCUCCAUGACAACAGACUGGCUGACACCAGGGCGAGGCGUAGAUUUGGUGUUCGGGGACGGGGAGGUGUCCGUAUGAGAACAGACAUAGACUUGGCUAGCUAUUCUCCGUCCUGCUCCUAUAGUUGUGAUUCAGAAAGACAGAUGGCACCUCAGCUUAACCACCUAACAGGUGCUGCCUUCAGCCUGCAUUCUAUAGGAUCUAUCAACUGGAACAUGGACCCUGCGACAACACCGACACUCCCUGGCCUUCAUCCUCCUCACACUCUCCUGUUAAACCAGACCUCAGACAAUGCCAGUGCCUCAACACUAAAUGGCAACACAAAUGACAGUAGUAGUAAUGCUAUCAGUAGAUCCAGUGGCAAAGAGAAGCGCUUCCCGUGUUCGUUCUGUGGGAAAGCCUUCAGUUUCCCCAAACAGAUGGAGAUCCACCAGAGGAUGCACACGGGGGAGAAACCAUUUGGCUGCCAGCUGUGCCGGGCUAGUUUCUCUCAAUCCUCCAACCUGAAGAGGCACCAGAGAGUCCACACAGGGGAGAAACCCUACAGCUGCCCCCAGUGUGAGAAGAGAUUCUCCCGCCAGCACCAGCUGAAGAUGCACCUGAAGGUCCACACGGGGGAGAGGCCGUUUGCCUGUAUGCACUGCGGGAAGAGGUUCUCAGAGAGGAGCUCUCUCAGGAUACACCAGCAGAAAAUGCACACAGCCCAUGUAUAGAGUAUAUUAAUAUAUAAUGUAGUACUAGUUAAUUUGUAGUUAAUUCUGUUGGUUUUGGAUGUAUCGGGAACUGGAUGAGGUGAACUGACGAAAGAAUGAGUAUGAUGAGGCAGAGUAGAUGAUAUGGUGAUGGUGUCUGUAAAAAUGCUUCACUGAUGAAGAGUGACAAACGUCGUGUCUUUAGGUGUUUUAUAGUGAGAUAAUGAUAGUGCCUUAAUUCAUGAAGUAUUGAAGCUGUGUGUAAUGUAGUGUUGAACCAUUUCCAAAGUAUUCUAUAGUUACUUUUAUCAAAGUGAAGGUACCAUAUUUAUAGGUACCAUAUCUUGCCUCCAUUUAAUAUCUGACCCUUUCUAAGACCUCUUGUGGCAAUAGAGAAAUUACUUAUUUUUUCAUCUAUUUUUCUACAGUGACUUUCUAUCAAUACAUGGCCAACAUAUUAUCUUCCUCUUCGGCACAGCCAGAAGAGGACUGGCCACCCCCCAUAGCCUGGUUCCUCCCUAGGUUCCGGCCUUUCUAGGGAGUUUUUCCUAGCCACCGUGCUUCUACACCUGCAUUGUUUGGGGGUUUAGGCUGGGUUUCUGUACAGCACUUUGUGACAUCAGCUGAUGUAAGAAGGGCUUUAUUAGUAACUUGGAUUGAUAUUUACAGGAAAGGUAUUCUACUUGUCACGUAUCAUUUUGUGCAAUAAAUGUGAUUGUUAUGCUAUUUAAAUUAAAUACUAA